AUGCGCUACACCUGCGUCUCCUACACCCACGCCUAUCCCACUCCCACACCACUGCACGGACUCGCUCCCCACAGCGCGGGCGGGCGCACACCAUCCCCUCGCCUCCCCAUAUCAUCCCCUUUGAGUCUGCGUUCUUGCAGCAUGGGUGCACUGGUCACGGGGAACCUGCGGGCUGCUGAGGGCACUCCUUGCCAAGGCUGCACUGCACCUUUCCUCCGUUUACCCUAUUGCCUUCCGCCAGCAACCUCCUCUUACCACCAGCUCCGCACCUGGAUUUGUCAGUCCUCUCAGGGUUGCACAACGCACUCGGGGCUGCUGAGUGCAAUCCUUCCCCACCAGCUCUCCCACCCACCCGCCUCUACAGCGCGGUGCACAUUGCACCCGCACAGCAGCGUGCUAGAGGCUGCUGACGUGGCCGAGGUGCAUGACAGACAGGCUGCAUGCGAAGCUGGGGGGAGCUGGGCCGCUGGGUGCCCCGUGGCAGUUUCCGUAUGGAAAGAGGAGCGGCGGGAGAAGAAGGUGCGUGGUGCGAUGCCUCUUAGGAGCUUCUUGGACGACCAACGGGAGAAGGAGGUGCGUGGUGAGAGGGAGGCGGGCUCAGGUCACUCUCGGCCAUCCCCUCCUCCCCACGUGUACAUUGUACAGCCAGCAGCGUCCAUCACACUGCUCCAAUCCGCCCUUCCUGCACCCACCUCCGUGCUCCUCCGUUCAUGGCGUCUGAGUGCCGCGCUCCCUCCUGUCGUAUGUCCAGCGGCACCAGCGACAGCCCAAAGCAAGCCACCUGCCGCAGAGCGUCCAGGAGAGCGCCGUCUGCAACAGGCUGGUCGCCCACAGCUGAUAAGGACUUGUAGCAGAGCUCUGGGUGAGGCAGCCAGCAGCGUCCAUCACACUGCUCCAAUCCGCCCUUCCUGCACCCACCUCCGUGCUCCUCCGUGCUCCCCCUAUAUCUGUCUACCCUUUCUCCCAAGUAGCAUCCACCCCUGCCGUCUCUACACUCACACACGAAUAACCAUUCUCUACGCUGAGGCAGUAGUGCCUUGUAUCGAAUCUGCCUCUACAGGAUCCGGACUGCAUCGCCCAUCCUCAAACAUCACAUUCGCCUUCUGCGUACCCUACGCACACGCCCACGCUUCCCCCCACCCUUUCCCUCACCUUCGCUCACGCUUCCCCUCUACCGUCGCUGCCUCCUCCUCCCUGGGUGCACCCACAAUUCCGCUGACCAUCGCGCACGCCUCCCCCCACAUUCACACACGCUCAUCGCCCACGCUUCACCGGACCGUCACCCCCGCUUCAGCCCACCGUCACCGACGCUUCCUCUUACCGUCGCCCACGCUUCCUCUUACCGUCGCCCACGCUUCCUCUUACCGUCCCCCACGCUUCCUCCCACCGUGGCCCACGCUUCCUCCCCGUCACCCACGCUUCCCCCCACCGUCGCCAACGCUUUUCCCCACCGUCGCCAACGCUUUUCCCCGCCGUCGCCAACUCUAUUCCCCACCGUCGCCAACUCUUUUCCCCACCGUCGCCAACGCUUAUCCCCACCGUCGCCCACGCUUCCCCCCACCGUCGCCCACGCUUCCCCCCACCGUCGCCCACGUUUCCCCCCACCAUCGCCCACGUUUCCCCCCACCGUCGCCCACGUUUCCCCCCACCGUCGCCCACGUUUCCCCCCACCGUCGCCCACGCUUCCCCCCACCGUCGCCCACGCUUCCCCCCACCGUCGCCCACGCUUCCCCUGCCAUCGCCCUCCGUGUCGCCCGGGAAUCCCCCCUCCCGCCGGCCUCCCUCCCCUCCCGCGAAAACCCCCCCCCCGUCCUCUCAUUACCCCGGCCUCUCAUCCCCUCGUCCUCUCAUCCCCCCGUCCUCUCAUCCCCCUGUCCUCUCAUCCCCCUAUCCUCUCAUCCCCCUGUCCUCUCGUCCCCCCGUCCUCUGAUCCCCCUGUCCUCUCAUCCCCCUGUCCUCUCGUCCCUCUGUCCUCUCGUCCCUCUGUCCUCUCGUCCCCCUAUCCUCUCGUCCCCCUGUCCUCUCGUCCGUCUGUCCUAUCAUCCCCCCUUCCUCUCAUCCCCCCGUCCUCUCAUCCCUCUCCCCUCUCAUCCCUCUGUCCUCUCAUCCCUCUGUCCUCUCACCCCCCCGUCCUCUCACCCCCCCGUUCUCUCAUCCCCCCGUCCUCUCACCCCCCUGUCCCCUCAUCCCCCUGUUCCCUGUCCUCUCGUCCGCCUGUCCUAUCAUCCCCCCAUCCUCUCAUCCCCCUUGUCCUCUCAUCCCUCUGUCCUCUCAUCCCUCUGUCCUCUCGUCCCCCUGUCCUCUCGUCCCCCUGUCCUCUCAUCCCCCCGUCCUCUCACCCCUCUGUCCUCUCAUCCCCCCGUCCUCUCACCCCCCUUUCCCCUCAUCCCCCAGUCCUCUCAUCCCCCUGUCCUCUCAUUCUCAUCCCCCUGUCCUCUCAUUCUCAUCCCCCUGUCCUCUCAUUCUCAUCCCCCUGUCCUCUCAUUCUCAUCCCCCUGUCCUCUCAUUCUCAUCCCCCUGUCCUCUCAUCCCCCUGUCCUCUCAUCCCCUUGUCCUCUCAUUCUCACCCCCCCGUCCUCUCAUCCCCCUGUUCCCUGUCCUCUCGUCCCCCCAUCCUCUCAUCCCCCCAUCCCCUGUCCUCUCGUCCGCCUGUCCUCUCAUCCCCCCGUCCUCUCAUCCCCCCGUCCCCCUGACCUCUUGUCCCCCUAUCCUCUCGUCCUCUUGUCCUCACAUGCCCCUGUCCUUUCAUCCUCCUGUCCUCUCAGUUCAUAUUCUCUCUGUCCCCUUUCUCUCUGUUUCCCUUCUCCUUAUCGCCUUUCUCCAUGUCCCUCGUCUUCCUCAACCCCUUCCCCCAAGCUCAUCGCCACCACACCUCCUCUCUCAACAAAGGACAAUGCACUGAUGUGGAUGGAGACCGGGGGUUGUCCACCUCCAGCACCACCUGUUGGCUCGUACACCAUAUGA